UCUGUCACAUUAAUGGGGUGGGGGGAUUUGAAAGGAUUGAUAUCGGCCUCGUCACAAAAACCGGGCUGUGUUGACUUUUUAUAGCCACUGUAAUUCAGAAAUUCAUCCCGACAUCCAUUUCAUAGUCAUGGUACAUUUCAUGCAUGUUUUCGGUAUGUGGUCGGGAGUCUUGACACCAGGAGAUACCCUACGCGACCGUGGUGAGAGAAUCGAUCUGCAUAUCGCUAAAAUAUCGAUACCAAGUCAGUAUUCAAUAUCGGCUCGAUACUUGCACGAUGAGCUUGAUACCGUCGGUUCAGUUUAGCUCCUGGAUCGACCGUUGCGGUUUUGUCAAAAAGGAAACAGCCAAGUUGCCGUACUUGCUGCUUUUGUCUCAGCCCAGAGCCGACCCACUGUGCAGCCUUGCCUUCCCAACACCGCCCCCACUCCCCUCAUGGGUUGUGCUGUCCGUCAUGUGACUUUGCUGCGCAAACUUGCUGCCAGCGCUGAUAUGCCCGCCCACGAAACAAAAGCGAAACUAGUCUGUAUCUCAAACCACUACCACACAAGCGCAGAGGAAUACAGUACAUGCAAACUCCAGGUAGCGAGGUCUGAACCCAUAUUCACACUCAGAACCUCUUAAUGUGAGGCAGAUAUGCCACACUAUAGAGCACAGUGUUGCCAUUGUCAGAAAUCAUUCAAUUGGCGUCAUUCUUUCUGUGAGAUCAGAAAAUAAUUGAGGAAAGUUUGUAUCAGAAGGUAGCUUCCCGAAAGCAGAAGUGUGUGCUGUCUCUUUAACGCAAAAAAAAAAAAAAAAAAAAAAAAAAAGUCAAAAAGCAGAGAAGUGGCUCAGUUUUCCACUUCCUGUGUUUACUUUCACUUCUUGCUGCUCGGCACUGUGUGGUCACUGUGUGUGGCUCCGUCUACCAUGAGCAGAAGAUGGAUGAGAUAAGAACUGAUGCGGGCAACGCGGAGGCUCCUUCCGCCGACGUUCCUCCCCCUCUGAAGCAAGGCGAGACAUUCCACGUCUUCAUCAGCUACAGCAGCACCGACUACCAGUGGACGCACUCCCUUAUCCAGCAGCUGGAAGCUCAGGGCCUGCACGUCUGUUACCACGAGCGCGACUUCACGGCCGGGCGUACCAUACUGGAGAACAUGUCCGAGUGCAUCCAGGACAGCCAGAAAGUCCUGCUGGUCCUCAGCUCGGAGUUCGUCAGGAGCCGUUGGUGUCUCCUGGAGGCCAACAUGUCUCUGUUCAGGGACUGCCUGGAGAGGAAGCCCAUCGUCCCCGUGCUUCUGGAGCCGGCCGUCUGCGUCCCGCUUCACCUGUGCCACCUCACCUACCUGGAGGCUCGGGACGCCGACUUUAUGGCCAAGCUGCUGAAGGUGCUCUUCACCCCCAACCGGCAGCUCCAAGGCUCCACGGUGGUUCCCUACCAGCCUCCGUCCAUCUACAACGGGAAGGCCCUGCAGCCUUUAACUGCUGCUAACGUGGAAAGUCUUUACAAGUGGGAUGCGGGGCAGUUCAGUGACAUGGACGUACCGGACCAACUGCGCCUGAUCAUCGAAGACCCAGAGAAGUACAGGAAGGCCAUCGCCAUCAUCAACAGUGUGUCUCCUAAUAAAGUGUGGCUGCGGCCACUCUGGAUCAGGGCUGUGGUCUAUGUUGCUGGCGUGAUAGCCUUUCUGUCAUUCAUGGUAACAUUUUUAUACGCAACAGCUCACUCAUUGGCUAAUAUUUUGCCUUUAACCCCCUCACACUUUCCCAUGGGUGGGCGGGCCGUAAUUAUCAUAUGUUUCUUCCCCGUUCCGAUCGGCUUGCUCAUUCACCUUUCUCUUUGGAAGAACGAUGACGAGAAGCACGUCGUGAGAGAGAUGCAAAAAGCCGCGGGUCAGGCCAAUGCAAUCCUCAUGGAGGAGAAGCUCCUGAUGGGUUGUCGGUCCAAUUCAAUCAUUUAUCUGGCGUAUGUUUCUUUGGACGAUUGCAAAAGGGAGUUUACGGUGACGUUUGAGGAUCCGGCCAGCGCUGAGGAACUCUUUAAAAUAGCUCUCGUCUGGUUCUCCUCAGGGUACGCCUGCUGCCUUGCAAAAAGGCACUUCCCCUUUCCUCAGCCGUGCCCCGGCCCGGGUCACUUGGAGGGAGGAGUGUGUUUUUGCCAGUACGUUUCCCAGCAACUGAGCCGAGGGGAGUGGAAGUGAGUGUACUGCGCACACCGAGACCUUGUGUACACCAUUAGCGGGCCGUGUAUUUUGGCACAGGAGACUUUUCCAUGUUCUUGAGUCGUUAAAAAUAUGUCUUUCUUUUGUUUCUUUUAACCGUGUAUACAAAAUAAUUUUCCAUGGGAAAGGAUCUGUCAAGACUUAAUUCAUCUCGGUGAUGAUACUGAUGAACCAAGUCUCACCAUUUUCACUGAAGACAGUAUUGUGACAGAAAACAAAUAUAAACAGUAUUUUGUUGUUUCCUGAUUAAAAUGAUGCAUCAUUUGACA